GAAAUUGCCUUGUACACAUUUAUGGAUUAAUAAGCUAUUUUUAAGUGUAUAAAUCUUGUCGACUUGGCCGAAUUUGUUUCUAAAUCAUUCCUAAAAUCCCUUUUUGAUGACGCAAUGUAUUUCAAUCUCAAAUCCUGUGUGAAAAGUGCAGCGUUUCCUCUCGAUCACAUGAUCGUGUUCCUCUGAGCUGCUGGAAGAGUUCCUCACAAACAUAUGAUCUGCUUCCUUCAGACACAGAUAAAGCCAUGAAGCUCAUCAUACUGGAUGACUAUGACCAGGUCAGCGAAUGGACUGCCAAAUACAUCAGGAACAGGAUCAAGAAGUUUAAUCCUGGUCCUGACCGAUUCUUCACUCUGGGUCUUCCAACAGGAAGCACUCCGCUUGGAUGCUACAAGAAACUGAUCGAGUAUCACAAGAAGGGAGAAAUAUCCUUCCAGUAUGUGAAAACAUUUAAUAUGGAUGAGUAUGUAGGACUUCCUAGAGACCAUCCUGAAAGUUACCAUUCAUUCAUGUGGAAUAACUUCUUCAAGCACAUCGACAUCCGAGCAGAAAAUGCGCACAUCCUAGACAGCAAUGCAUCCAAUCUAGAGAAGGAGUGUCAGGACUUUGAAGCCAAAAUCAAAGCUGCUGGAGGAAUCGAACUUUUUGUUGGCGGUAUUGGACCUGAUGGCCACAUUGCGUUCAAUGAGCCUGGAUCCAGUCUUGUGUCCCGAACGCGUGUUAAGACCCUGGCUAUGGACACGAUUCUGGCUAACGCUCGUUUCUUUGAUGGUGAUCUCUCUAAAGUCCCCACCAUGGCGCUGACGGUUGGUGUUGGCACAGUGAUGGAUGCUAGAGAGGUCAUGAUCCUUAUCACUGGCUCACAUAAAGCGUUUGCGCUCUAUAAAGCCAUAGAAGAGGGAGUGAAUCACAUGUGGACGGUGUCAGCGUUCCAGCAGCACCCGCAGGCUGUGUUUGUGUGCGAUGAAGACGCCACACAGGAGCUGCGGGUCAAAACGGUCAAGUAUUUCAAAGGCAUUAUGGAUGUGCACAACAAGAUGGUGGAAGAGCCGUAGACUGAUAUUGAUAAGAAGAAUAGACACAACAGAUUUGUGGUUGUGUAUUUACCCAAAUUGCACUGUUUUUAUAUUACUUUAUUUCUUUUAUUAAACCUCUCAAUACCUGAUGUAUUGAAUUAAAAUGUGUUUAUAUAAUAAUCGACU